GCAACUUUGUGUAUUCAUAUCAAAAAGACAAAAAGAUUUCUAUUUAAAGAACUAUUUAAACAAGAAAUUUGAACCAUAGCGCAAUUCAUAUAUAACAUAUAACUGAAGUACAAUCUCAAUAUUGUAAUUAAACGCUGACGAAAUAAUCAUAUUGAGUAGGUUAUUUUGUAGUGGGUCAAGUUACCCUUGCCCAAGGCACUUAACUAGAGACACAUACAGCAAAGAAUUUUAUAUAAUGCCUGCUUAUCAUUCUUCUUUUUUGAGCAUCCCUAAUGUACCAACUACUGGCAAUUUAGCUAUGUUGCCGUUGAAAACAAAAUUCCGUGGCCCUGCUUAUCCAGCUGAUGCAAAUCAAAUGGAUAUCAUUGACGAAUGUAUAAGCCUUUUCCGUGCAAAUUGCUUUUUCCGUAACUUUGAAAUUAAGGGCCCUGCCGACCGUACUCUCAUUUACGGAACUCUCUUUAUUAGUGAGUGUUUAGGGAAACUGACUGGAAUGAGCUGCCGUGAUGCUGAACGUCACUUGAAUAGUCUUGCUCUUGAGAACUUCUCUAUCCCAGGUUCUCCCGGAUUUCCAUUAAACGCUCUUUAUUCUCCUCCUACAUCGACUCAGGAUUCUGAAUUGAUGCGUAGCUACCUUACUCAAUUCCGCCAAGAAUUAGCUUUCCGUCUUUUGUCCCAUGUUUAUGCUUCGGAGAAGACACACCCUAGUAAGUGGUGGACUUGUUUCAGUAAGAGACGAUUUAUGAACAAGGCUCUUUAAUUAUGAUGUUAUAUGAAAUGUAUGCUGUUUUUUGACUUCAGAAGUAUAAUACAGGAUUCCUCGCUGUAUGUAGAAUUCAACGCUCAGAUUUUGUCAAGAUAGGACUAUGUAAAUUUUAGUAUGCGCGUUAUAUGGAACCAAGGU